AAACUAGAAGAUUUGAAAGUGGGAGGAGGGGAAGCAGCAGGGCAGCCACCUCUCAUAUAUAUAUAUAUAUAUAUAUAAGCUUCUAGCUACAAUUGUUUUCUUCUUUGCAUAGCAGAAAAGAGAAAAAUCUGUAAUGGGAAAAUUGGGAUUGCUCCUCCUACUGCUCCUCCCUCAGCUUCUUCCUCUUCUUCUUCCUUUUCCUCCUCCUGCAUCUUCACAUGCUUUGCAGCAGCCCCUGGUUUCAGGAAUGCAGCAGAAUUCGUGGAGUAGAGUAAAAGGAAGAGGAGAGAUAUCAGUUAAUCGAUUUUCCGCCAUCGGUGGCCAUGGCGGCAGAGGGGGUGGUGCAAGAGGAGGAGGAGGCGGUCGAGCAGAAGGCAGGGCUAAUGCAGGCAAUGACAACAAUGGUGAUAGCUCACAUAGUUCAUCUGUAAUUCCUAUAUAUGCAGCUGGUGCUACGCACCCCAGGAACUACCACCAGUCCCACAAGGGUGUUGCCACCCCUGGCGCCCAUCAAGACAUGCUAGCUAGAAGAUGUUAGAGAUAUCUUAAUGGAAGGGAUAUUGGAAUCUCGCAAGAGGAUGGUGCUAAAGGUAUUGACACUCCUAGUUUCACCUCAUUGGCACUUACAAUGUUUGGGAUAAUUAUUCUAAGAUAACUUGUAAGUCAGUACAAUUUUAAAGCAUCAACUGAGCACUUGCAUUUCAGUAUAUGUUUGUUCAUGCUACUUUUAUUUCAUAACAAUCAAUUUUUGUUUACUUUGUGCACAUAUUUACUUGUUUUAUGUCAUUUUUCUUA